AGCCCCCCCACCUUUGGCUUACUAUUUGACAUUGAUGGAGUGCUGGUUCGAGGCCACAGAGUGAUCCCAGCUGCUCUGGAAGCAUUCGGGAAGCUGUUAAACUCCCAGGGGCAGCUGCGGGUACCUGUGGUUUUUGUCACAAAUGCUGGGAACAUCUUACAACAGAACAAAGCCCAGGAGCUGUCAGGCCUGUUGGGAUACAAGGUGGAUCCAGACCAAGUCAUUCUCUCUCACAGCCCCUUGAAACUCUUCUUGCAGUACCACAAUAAGCGGAUGCUAGUGUCUGGGCAGGGCCCCGUGGUGGAAAACGCCAGAUCACUAGGCUUCCAGAACGUGGUGACAAUAGAUGAACUUCGACUAGCCUUCCCAGAGCUGGACAUGGUAGACCUUGCGCGGCGGCCGAAGAACAUGGUAAUAAGGACAGGAGACUGGAUACUCCAGGAGUGGAGAGUGACUAGCAUUGAUGGGCCUCUUCUUGUCUUUUGGCAGUGCCUGAGGAAUGACUUCGCUGCCAUUGAAGGGAUUCUCCUUCUUGGGGAACCAGUCCGCUGGGAGACAAGCCUACAGCUGAUUCUGGAUGUCCUCCUUAGCAAUGGAAACCCUGGGACUGGCCUGGAGACAGCUCCAUAUCCCCACCUCCCUGUCCUGGCCAGCAACAUGGACCUCCUGUGGAUGGCUGAAGCCAAGAUGCCCAGGUUUGGUCAUGGCACAUUUCUGCUGUGCCUGGAAACCAUCUACCGGAAAGUAACAGGCAAGGAGCUGAAAUACGAGGGCAUGACGGGCAAACCCAGCAUCCUCACUUACCAGUACGCUGAGGACAUAAUCAGACAGCAGGCUGAGAGAUGGGGCUGGUCCGCCCCCAUCAGGAAGCUCUAUGCUAUAGGUGAUAACCCUGUGUCUGAUGUCUAUGGUGCCAACCUAUUCAACCAGUACCUGCAAAUGACAAAGCGUGGAGAGAAGGAGCAUGGGGCUGGUGGACAGCAGAAGCAGCGGCCUUCAACAACCCAGAGCUGUGUCUCCAUCCUGGUGUGUACUGGCAUACACAAUUGUCAGGGCCCAGGCCCCAAAGCGCCUACUUCUGGAGGGGCGGAGCUUCCGUUCCACGGUCACCGAGACUUCAGCUUCAGUCCAGAGCUCCUAGAGGCAUCCCACGUUGUUCAUGAUGUGAAUGAAGCUGUACAGCUGGUUUUCCACCAGGAGGGUUGGGCAUGAUAGCAAGGAGAAGGAGCGGAAGCAAGGGGCUGUUGGGACCUUCGUCUCAGGGACUCCUAUGGGCCAGGUCACAGGCAUCAAGUCCCAGCCUGGCCCCUUGCCACUGCUUCCUGGGAUGAAGAAGACCACAGCUUCAGUAGCUAUAGAAUGAUCCUUGGGCAGCAUUUCAGAAGGGGGGAUGGAUUUCUGGCCCUUCCUGUGUGUCUCUUGAAAUUUGACCUCAUGUUGCUUCCUUUACCUCUGUGCCUCAGUGUCCUCCUCUCAGUAAGGACUUUCCCCCUCGAAAAACAGGGUCUCACUAUUGUAGCUCUGACUGUCCUGGAACUUGCUUUGUAGAGCAGGCUGCCCUUGAACUCACAGACAUCUGCCUUCCUCUGCCUCCUGAGUGCUGGGAUCAAAGGUGUGUGCCACCACACCUGCCUCAGGGAGGACUUCUAAAAAACAAGGCCAGUGUAAGAUUAUGUGGAAGCUUCAGGAGAGCCUUUGCUCUCGCUGAAGGAACCUCUGCGUGCCAGGGAGGCAUGUACUAAUACUUUUGAUAGUUUUCACUGUUGUAGAGUUUUGUCCACAGACUUUGUGGGCUUUUUUUUUUUUUUAUUAAAAACUAUCCUAAUAUUU